GAAUUGACACCAGAACAGAAAAGACGUAUCGAAGAAAACCGUCAAAAGGCUCUAGAAAGGAAAAAAAAGUAUGCUGAGAAUAACCGAGAUGCCACUGAAACCAACAAUACACUUGUGGACAAUAUCCGUUUGAAUCACAAUAAUAAACAGGACUCUGAAUUUGGUGGCUCUACUUCGUCUCGAUACAACCCGCCAUCUAUACGUAAAAAAGAUUACAUUGAAUUCGAUUUCGCGACCAUGAAAGAUUCUCGUGGAGGAUUUAUCAAUGAUGAUUCGAUCCAGAAAGGACCAGAUUCAGAAAAUGGAGAAACACUUGAAGAAUGGCAAGAGAGACAGAAGAAGCAGCUUUUGGUAGUUCAUGACUUGCCUCCACCAAUGGAUAUAGAAUCUGCUCCGAAGUGUUUUGAGUGUGGAUCUAUAGAAAUCGAUCCGAAUUUGUAUAAGAACUUUCUUCAAGUGCGAGCUUGUCGGAGAUGCAUGAAGGAGAAGCCAGAAAAGUAUUCUCUUUUGACUAAGACCGAGUGUCGUGAAGAUUACUUCUUGACGGAGCCAGAAUUGCGAGACGUAAAUUUGUUACCGAGGAUCGAGAAACCAAAUCCUCAUGGAUAUUCGAGGAUGCAGCUUUUCUUACGAUUCCAGGUUGAAGAAUUCGCGUGGAAGAAAUGGGGAGGACCCGAAGGUCUUGAUGCUGAAUGGGAGAGACGCGAAGAGGGUAAGAUGAAAAGACGGGAAAAACGCUACAAGGACCAGUUGAAGGAAAUGAGAAAGAAGACAAGAGCUGAAGAGUACACGAGAAAGCUCAGAAACGGCCAAGGAUUGGGCGAAAGACACGUCCAUGACUGGUCAGCGCCACUCAGGAUACCAGGAGAAGAGAAUCUCAUCAUGAGAAGGUGUAUAGAUUGUGGUGUCGAAACUGAAGAGGUGGUGAUAUAA